CAUGUAGAAGCUCCACUAUAUUCAGAACAGUGCUGCCAGGAUCCUGACGUGAAUGCAAAAACACGGACAUGUGACAUCAAUUCUGUUUUCAUUGCACUGGCUCCCUGUCUGCUUCAGGUGUGACUACAAAGUCCUGCUACUCACAUACAAAAUCCAUCAAUGUACAUGUGCCAAGUCAUGUGCCCACUGUAGUUUAUUCAAUUUCAUUUUGACUGCAAGAAGAGCAACUGUUUUCAACACUUGUGUGAAAUGGCUCAUUGUAUAAAUGCUGUGACACGCCAAAUGACUUUACAACUAAUAAGGAGUGACAGACAAGUGUGUGUGUGCAUGUUAAUUGAGAAAGAGGGAGAGAAAGCCAGACAAAAUGUCAUCAACAAAUAUACAGUUAAUUGUGUAUUGCAUGGAUUCCAAUAUAUUUUAUAUUAACUAGCAUUUUCAAUAUGAUCUUUUUGGUUUGACUGACUGUUUUGAAUCAUUGAUUGCCUGUCUGAGAUGUUGUGAAGCUUAAAUACAUAAUUACACAGACAGAUACUGCUUUUCUCUGUUUGAGACACAAAUGUUAACCAGGACAAUUCAUCGCUAACAUGAUUGUGAUUUAUACUAUUAUAAUUCACACAUUUUGAACAAAACUCUAAUUCCAUUGCAGCUGCAAUAAAUGUUGCUCUCCGUGGUGCUGAAAUAGUGGACUCAAACCACACAGAAAGUACACUAAGAUGAUCACAGUGACCUCAAUGUCGUUGUGUUAAAAUGUUUCAAAUUAUUUACACUGUGCAUGCUGUGCUGUGGAUACUUGAUAUAUGUAUCUGUAUAUGUCUUACAAUUGUAAUUGCUCUUUUUUGCCAUUAAAAAUAUUGUGUUCUUAUUCCAAAGAUGUUGUGUCGACAUCUAGUGGUAUAAAUAAAACAUUGUACUACACUACCCAAGAAUCCAUGGCACUAGCUACGUCACUUCCUCUCUUCUUCCUGUUUAGUUUUUCCAACCAACACCAAUAGCUGGAUGUAUUUUGCCAGCACCGCAUUGAAUGAAAUCCUUCAUAGACAUAUUGAACAGUCUGUGUUUUGUAAGAAAACAGUGAAACAAGCAGAAAAAAAUCCAACACUCUCCAUUUCACUCCAAAAUGGAAUUUCUACUAAAGCUGAUGUAGCUGGUGGCAGGUCGCCUGCCAGAAUGCUGCAUUAUUUUACACAGACAUUAAGCGUCAUCCAUUUGCUUGAUUAAUUUAAAAGUUCUUCGCUGCUGUUCCCUGUGAGCCAGCAGACGCAUGUCGCGGAUCAGGACCACACUCGACAGUGUCACCAAGGCAGUAGGCAGCACGGACCUCAUCUCCAAGUUCUCCCGCCUCAAGCCUGGCAGUGCCGCAGUCGACAGCACCCAUGUGGAGAAAGUUCUGGUCAAAGCUGAGACGUUAACCUCAAACGGCACAGCUACUUCCCCGCCACCUGAAACCACCAUGAAAGAAGAAGAAGAAGGUGAGAAGAACACAGCAGAGGAAAAGGAGGACAUGCAGCAAGAAAAACCUUUUGUUGCCACCAAGAAGUCCACAUCCGGUUUAGCUUCAGCGGCUAAUGUGUCUGCACCGAUCUCUUCCUCGACUGUGGCGAAACAAACUAUGCAGCUGUUUCACCCGGCAGGUCUUUCAACCAAUAUGGAUGAGACUUACAAAAGUUUGGCGCAGCACAUCAACAGUUACUUUGGUACAAGCACCCACGGGGAAGAAGGCGACAACAGGCCACAGCAGCAAAGAGGAGCGGACGAUCCUGUUUCUGAGGCCAUCCUCAGCACUGCCCCUCGGAAAACUGGGGACCACAUUCCUAUUCUGUCCCCAGUGGCAGAGGCUAAGAGUAUUGAAGCACCCACUACCUCUCCCUCUCCUCCCCCUCCUUCUCCUCCUCCAUCAGAAAAGCUCACUCCCCUGGAAGAAAUGCCCUCUUCUGAUACCCCUGCAACAGAAAAUGCUGCUCCAUCUGUCCCUGUGCCUACUACUUCCCCUAAAAAAGGCUUCACCCACUAUCUAUCCUACCCUCGGCCCAGCGUUCAGGCAUUUGUUGGCAACUACAUCGCUCCUCUGGUCCCCAAAUUCAGAAGUGAUUCCAAAAGCAUCGCACCAGAAAAGGAAAAGUCCUCAGCAGCUGCUGUGGAAGAGCCCACUGUGGAAAAGGCAGGAGAGAAGACGGAUAGUGAAGUGGACAAAGCGGAUAAAGCGGAAAAGGCAAAGCAACAACUGCUGGCUCAAAGAGAGAAGAUAAUCGCCAGGGUGAGUGUAGACAACAGGACCAGAGCCCUGGUGAAAGGCCUGCAGAGGGUCACUGACGUCAAGCUCCUCACCAGCCGAGUGGAGGAACUCAGCUAUCAUCUCUUGGAGUUCCCCGAGACAAGAGUUGUGGCUGUCAAGGAGAGCGUGCUGCCUUGUUUGUUGCGUUUGCGCCAGGCCAGAGACCUUCCUCUGCAGGCUGCUGUGAGAGAAGCACUGGCCGUGGUUGGCUACACAGAGCCAGUCAAAGGAAGGGGAAUUCGGGUUCUGGCCAUAGACGGAGGAGGGACAAGAGGACUGCUGGCCCUGCAGACUCUCCAUAAACUGCAGAACAUGACUGGAAAACGGAUCCACCAGCUCUUCGACUAUAUCUGUGGAGUCAGCACAGGUGCUAUCCUGGCCUUCAUGCUGGGGAUUUUUCAGAUCCCCCUAGAAGAGUGCGAGGAGAUGUACAGGAAGUUGGGCUCGGAUGUCUUCAAGCAAAAUGUUAUCGUUGGAACCGUCAAGAUGGGCUGGAGCCAUGCUUUCUAUGACAGUGAAAUCUGGGAAAACAUUCUCAAGGAACGCAUGGGUGAGGGAUGUAUGAUUGAAAGUGCCAGGGACCCACACUGCCCUAAAGUGGCAGCAGUGAGCACAAUUGUGAACAGGGGUUUGCCUCUGAAGGCCUAUGUGUUUAGGAACUACAGACUCAUGCCAGGAGUGAGAUCCCACUACCUUGGAGACUGCAAACACAAAAUGUGGGAGGCUAUCAGGGCCUCAUCUGCCGCCCCGGGCUACUUCCAGGAAUUUGUCCUGGGAAAAGACCUCCAUCAGGAUGGAGGACUUCUGAUAAACAACCCCACAGCAUUGGCCAUCCAUGAGUGUAAGUGUCUGUGGCCCAACACCCCACUGCAAUGUGUGUUGUCUCUGGGCACCGGACGGUACGAGACAGCGGGCAAGAACAACACUACCUACACGAGCCUCAAGGCCAAGCUCACCAAUGUCAUCAGCAGUGCCACAGAUACCGAGGAGGUGCACACCAUGCUGGAUGCCCUCCUGCCCCCUGACACCUACUUCCGCUUCAACCCCUACAUGAGCGAGGACAUCCCAUUGAACGAGAGCCGCGUGGAGAAGCUGAACUUCCUCAAGGGAGAGGGGGAACGCUACCUGGAACGCAACGAGGCCAAGCUGAGGAAGGCAGCGAGCGUACUGGGCCAAGAGAAGAGCACCAUCCAGAAACUGGCCGAGUGGGCCAAACUCAAGGCUGACAUGUAUGAGGGUCUCCCCUUUGUCUCCAAGCUGUAAUUGUUAGCCUGACAACAGCGUGACCAAGGUAAGAAGACCUGGAGUAUAAAAACUCUCAAGAAUUCCUUGAGUAAACGUUGGAAAACCUUUUUUUUAAGCAUCUAAAGAGGUAAUUUGGAUGGUUUGAUCAUCUAACUAACACUAAAGACUGUUUGAGAAAUCUUUAACUAUGAUUAUUCAUCAAAAGAAGACAAUUCGAAAAGUAAUAGUGUGAAAUUAAAUUACAGAUUUAAUGUAAUUAUUGCUUUGUGGGACAGGAGGAUGCGUCUAAUGGAGACGGAGUGAUACACACUAUGAAAAGAAUUCUGCAGGUUUUGACACAGUGAUGAAAUCACUUAACUAAGCAGACUGAAGAGAUACAUAUGUACACGUGUUCAUAUAUGUAUGAAUAUAAAAUUUUAGACUAUAAGUGUGGCUGAUUUGGUUUUAAAGUGCACAAAGAUGGUAGUUGUGGCACUGACACACGACGAUAUUAUGAAGACUUAAUACUAAUAUGAUUAUUGUGGAUUUUUGUAAAGAAAAAAAGACUGUAAAUAAGAUGUUAAAAUUUCAUCUCAUUUUCAGUAACUUGAAUACAUUAAGAUGUAACUAAUACAUGAUUGCACAGAAAACUUAAACAUGACUGCCUAUUCCUAACACUGUAUAGAAAAAAAGACCUCAUGCACUUUGUAGAAUAUAAUUCUUAACCAACUCUGUUAGAAAAAAAAAGUCAGUGUAAAUAAUAUUUGAAGUAAUUAUGAAUUCUUUGAGUGCUCUUGCUAGAAUCUAAGAUAAAAGAAAUAUUGCUGAUUCUUAAUUUCACCGUUCAGAUACAGCAACACUGACAUCUGUUCUGAUUCUUCUGAUAACGAAUCAGAAUGUGAUUAUCCUCACGGUACAGCGCAUGUUCGAUUACGUUGUGCUUAGAGAAAUGAAUUGUGGCACAUUAGUCUGACUGAACCCUUUGCCUUUAACAUUGAUCAAGCCUACAUUCCUCAUCUCUGGCUAUUGUUGUUGUUAAUAAAUUUGACAUUUUUUACAUUAUGAGAACAACAAUCCCAAUUGCCCUGAAUCCUCCCUUCAUUAUUUCUUGGUGGCAUGCAAAGAGAAAAAAAAAAUGUCAUGAAAUAAUAAAACUUGGUUUUCAAAACCUUGACCUCUAACCUUUGUGCAAUUUCUUAAACAUUUUGCUUGUAUAAAAAUAUUGAGUAAGAAAUUCUA